AUGGCGACUCUGGCACCAGGCGCUCGAUAUGAUAAUGUUGAGAUACCGCUCACAGAGGAUCCGCUGACUGCAGUUUUGCAGAAUGUGGUGGCCACAGAUCUCGAUAUGCGUGAUGCGAACACUGCUCAGAUCACUGCUGCUGCUCUCAAUCAUCUAAAACGGUCCAACAGUGACAUUGGAGCCCACAUUCAAGUCAGACACGGCGCUGAACCCGUCAAUCACUAUUCGGAUCCACACUUGUUACCAUUGCUAUAUCCCACUUUAUUUCCAUAUGGCAUCGGUGGCUAUCAUCGGAAUCGUCGUGCUUCUCUCAGUUUGGAAAAAAUGGCCACUCAUGUCUUUUCUUUAGCUGAUCACAGAUUUCAAGAGCAUUACUCAUUUUUAUUUGUCAUCUUCAACAUCAUUCAACGUCAGAGAACCUCCUUAUACUGCAAACUUAAAACUUCUCAGGCCGCGUUUGAUCGAGUGGCCACUGCAAUCAAUGCUGUGUCCGCAGACGCAUUGAAUUCCAUUGCAGACCGUUUAACUCGUGGUGACUACUCCACAAUGGAUACGGCGGAUGAACUCGCUGCGAGGAAACUACUCCAAGAGGUGUCUUUGGUCAGCACCAAAGUGCCCGGAUCGCAUGCUGCCUGCACCCAAAUGCGAAAUGAAAUUCGUGCACUGAUUUUUGACCACGGUCCCCCCAGUUUCUUUGUUACCAUCAAUCCCGCUGAUGUGUACAAUCCCAUCGUUAAAUUCUUAUCUGGUGACCACUUUGACUUGGAUGAAGCACUACCAACUAACAUACCGUCAUACUGGGAUUGUCAUAUCCAUGCAUACCCGAUCCUGACCCGACUCCCGGACCUCCUCCUUCCCCACCUCCGGAGUCAUACCCUACAGCUGCCCGUUCCGAUACUCACCUUUGGUCCUGGCAACACGCCUCCUUCUACCCCCCAUGCCACCUCUACUCCUCCUUCCCUCUCCUCCCCUAUCUCCAUCCGCUCCAAUACUCACCUCGGACCGAACACCACCCCUCUCGCCACCCUCCUACUACUCCUCCUCCUACUCCGCUCCUCCUUCACAACACCGCCACCCUUCCGUCACCCCCCUAUGCCUCCCCCAUCUGCUCUGAUACUCACCUUUGGACCUGACUACUCUCCUUCCCGCCACUCCUUCUCUCUUACCUUUCUCCUCUCUCCUCUCUCUGGUACUCUUCUGCUGACCCCCCACCAAGUUACGACCUUCCACCACUGUUCUGUACUUCGUACUCGGGCACCGCUCGUAUCUCUGCUCCGAGCCUCCGUCAUAGUCCCUACCUCGGACUUUGACUCCACCUCGGUCUUAGUCCAUUGCAUUGGUGACCUCAUACUACGUAAACACCAUUGCCAAUAUUCCUCGGACUUUCAACCCCGCCUCCGUAACCUCCGUAAGCUCCGCAACCUCCGAGCUUCGCGGAUCGCCUUCGGCCCUUUCGCCGCUUGUAAUGUAUCUUUCGCGUUUUCCCCUCAUCCCUAUUUGGACUGCUGCUUCUUCCCAUUCUAG